UCAUUUUCAGUCUAAUAAAAAUGGAAAAACGAAUCGUAAGCAGCGCAUUCUGUUAUUGCGUCAGGUCAACUCCACUGCAGUGAAGUGAGGAAUACACCGUAGCUGGAGCUGGGGAACCUCGUCGCUACUCGCUCUCGUCCCCGCCGGAGAUCCACCAUGGACGGCAACCCCACCACCACUUCCUCCUCCGCACCACCUCCCGAGAAUUUCAAUUUCUCGCCCGAUAGCCCCUCCCCGAUCACCCUCACUGCGGAUCAGGUCAGCCUCUGCACCCAAGCCCUCAACCUUUUGAAGGACAAACUCCAGGCUCCUCACACCAUCACUCGGGAGUUUGCACACUUGCAGGCAAACAGAAUAACGCCGAGUGAGAUGAGGAGAAGAUGCACCGUCGCUCUUGACGGCGUCAAUUUGAACAAAAACAGAUACACGGACGUUUUGCCAUUUGACAAUAACAGGGUUGUUCUCAGAUCGAGUUCGGAUUAUAGACCUGCGGCACAGGGGUAUAUCAAUGCAAGCUUGGUCUCGACCUCCUCCUCUGGAAACGUGUCACAGUUUAUUGCCACACAAGGUCCACUUCCACAUACUUAUGAAGAUUUCUGGGAGAUGAUUAUUCAAUAUCGCUGCCCUGCAAUUAUCAUGCUUACAAGGUUGGUGGAUAAUUAUAAGAUGGUAAAGUGUGGAGAUUAUUUUCAAGCGGAGGAUGGACCUCGAGAAGUUGGUAAUAUUUCUGUUAUUGGUAAAUGGGUGAACACUACUGAAACUUCAUUGGUGCUGCGCCUUUUAGAGGUGAACCAUAGAGAGGUAGAAGAUGCUCCAAUAUCUGUUUUGCAUAUUCAGUAUCCCGAAUGGCCUGACCACGGAGUUCCCAAAGAUACAUUAGCUGUGCGUGAAAUUUUGAAAAGAUUAUACCAUUUACCACCAAACCUUGGUCCAAUAGUGGUCCACUGCAGUGCAGGUAUUGGUAGAACUGGAACAUAUUGCACAAUUCACAACACAAUUCAGAGAAUACUUGCUGGUGAUAUGUCUGCUGUGGAUAUUGCUAACACAGUAGCUGUGUUCAGGGCCCAGCGUAUUGGAAUGGUUCAGACCCAGGAUCAGUACAUUUUCUGCUAUAAAGCUAUCAUAGAUGAACUGGAAGACCUUGUAUCUCAACGGUAGAAGGAGCUGGAAGGAAAGCUGUUUGCCUCAUUUUGAAGCUAACUUCCAAUUCUUCGACCUUUUUUUUGGUUCAUGCAAUGCUUAUGUCUCCCGGCAGCUGACACUGAAACACUAGCAUUCUGGAUAUUUUAUGAAUUUGACUCUAUUAUUCUCUAGCUUUUCAUGUAUAAUUGCAGGCAGGGGAAAGCUCACAGAUAUUAGCAUCCUUUUGGUUAUAUUGUUAGAAUUACAUUGUUGAACAGAAUGGCAUAAUUAUUAAUGGCUGCAAUAAUCAAAAGUCCAUUGCCCUACUGAA